AGUCAAGCUCUUCAAAACCCAAAAAAUAAAAAUAAACAAAAAGAUUUUUCUGGUUUCAUAUUUUUUUUGACGAUCCAGUUUGAGGUUUUUUGAAAUUUUAUUGUUUGGCGCGGUAGAGUUUUUGUUAGUGAAAUGGUUGAAUAGUAAUUUCGAUUCGGAUCUAGCUCUGUUAUGGCGGUUAAUGAAGCUUUGCAGGGAGUGAGCAAUUUGUUGGGUUUCAAGCCAUUUUUAGCUAGCUGAGAACAUUCGUGGUUGAUUUGGCAUCAGUCUGUAUAUAUUCGGCCAGUGGUGGCAUCAGUUUGUAAUCAGUUCAUAAACUGUGAUUAGGUUUUAGAGGGGAUUUGGAGGUGGAGAGGUUUUGGUUUUCGAAGUAGACGCUAUGCGCUAUUCUUUUUCCCGAUUCAAGAGAAUUUUUAUUUGCUCUGGACUCGGGCGGUCUUUACUAUUAAUCUUGUGUCUGAUUCAUAGGGAGUGUUCUGAUGAAUGAUAAGGAAAAACAGCUGCUGGAGCUGAAUCGCCGUUCAUGGGAUGGGAAUAAAGGGGUGAAGGGUGAGGAGCAGGGGUUAGUUAAGGGAGAUGAUCUGAAAAGUAAUGGGAGAAUUGAGGAUGCGAAAGUUAGCAGUGGAGGGGUUGUUCAACCCCAGUUUGUUAUGCAACAGCCUCAGGGGUCAGCUGUUUGCUGGGAGAAGUUUCUACAUCUGCGAUCUCUGAAGGUUUUGCUUGUGGAAUAUGAUGAUUGUACUCGCCAUGUUGUUGCUGCACUUCUCCGCAAUUGCAGUUAUGAAGUUAUCGAAGCAGCAAACGGAAUACAAGCCUGGAAGGUUCUUGAAGAUUUGACCAAUCAUGUUGAUCUAAUCCUAACUGAAGUGGUUAUGCCUUGUGUAUCAGGCAUUGGUCUCUUAUCCAAGAUUAUGAGCCAUAAGUCCCGAAAAAAUGUUCCCGUUAUUAUGAUGUCUUCUCAAGAUUCAAUGGGUGUGGUCUUUAAGUGUUUGUCAAAGGGUGCUGUUGAUUUCUUGGUGAAGCCCAUACGGAAGAAUGAGCUUAAGAACCUCUGGCAGCAUGUCUGGAGGAGAUGUCAUAGUUCAAGUGGUAGUGGAACUGGAAGUGAAAGUGGCACACAGACUCAGAAGUCUGUAAGAUCAAAUAGUGUUGACAAGUCGGACAACAACAGUGGAAGCAAUGAUGAGGAUGAUAAUGGGAGUAUGGGUCUGAAUGUUGGAGAUGGAAGUGACAAUGGAAGUGGUACCCAGAGUUCUUGGACGAAACAAGCCGUAGAAGUUGACAGUCCACGACAAGUGUUUUCAUGGCAUCCUGAUAGUACUUGUGCCCAAGUAGUUCACUCGAAUGCUGAAACAUUUGGUAACCAUUUGUUGACUGCUACUGCAGCAAGGGAGUGCCAGCAACAGAAGGAAGAACAUGAUAAUUUUGGGAUGGGUAAAGAUUUGGAGAUUGGCAUGAGCAGCAAGAGAGAUAUACAGCAUGAGCUUGCUUCUGAGUUUCCGACCAAACUAGUAGGCCCAAGGCAGAAUAAUCUUCUCAAGAUUGGUACCAGUAAAUAUGAUGAGCAGAUAAAUAAGGCGAAGCAUGACCUUAAUUGUGAGAAUCCUUCAGGCAACCUAAAGUAUGAUGGUGCUACUAUAACAGGUGAUGUAACCAAUCCGUCUGAUCCCCAGUUGGAGAGCACAAAAUUUGAAGCUUCUAGCAGGCAUAAUAAGGCCUUGGACGUUAGCAAUACACCUAAUAAUGAUGGUGGUGAACUACCAUCCCUAGAGCUCAGUUUGAAAAGACUUAGAGGAGUUAAAGGCACUGAGACAACAGUACAAGAUGACCGCAAUGUCUUGAGGCGUUCAGAUUCUUCAGCCUUUUCAAGGUAUAACUCAGUAUCAAAUGCUAACAAAGAUCCUUCUGGGGGGCAUGUUGGAAGCAAUUCUCCACAGGAAAAUAAUGGAGAAAGUACAGACAAGGAUUUGUUUAAUGAUAUCCCAUCUCACUCAAGUUACAAUCCUCCAAAUCAAUGCUCAAUUGGAGGCAGUAAUAACAUUGACAUGGGCUCAACAACUAACAAUAAUCCUCCUGAGUCUCUUUUUAUAAACAACAAGUCAGCAGCUGCAUCCAUCGUUCAACGUUUACAUCCAUCAUCUGCUUUUCAUCCUGUGAAAAAGGACCCUUUGAAUCCCGUUUUAGUAGAUAAUGCUAACAAUGGGGUUACAACAGUACUGGCUCAAUCAAGAUGUCCCCAGACGCAGCAAAUUGCAGCUCAAAACCUCCAUCAGGAUUAUGAUCACCAUCAGGUCCAUCACCUCGUUGCCCACACACUGAAAAAACAGCAGCUUCCUGACCACAGUGAUUUAUCUUUAAAGAAAUUGGCUGCAGCUGCUCCACAUUGUGGAUCAUCAAAUGUUAGGAGUGGGCCUUUUGAAGGUAACCCUGGAAAUUACAGUGUCAAUGGAAGUGGUUCUGGCAGUAACCAUGGGAGCAAUGGGCAAAAUGGAAGUAAUAUUGGAGGUACGAACAUGGAAAGUGAUAAUGGAGCUGCUGGGAAAAGUGGAAGUGGUGAGGGUAGUGGGAACCAGAGUGGAAAUAGAGUAGAUGCAAACAAAUUUUCUCAGAGAGAAGCUGCCUUGACAAAGUUCCGUCAGAAAAGAAAUGAGAGAUGCUUCCGGAAAAAGGUUCGGUAUCAGAGUAGAAAAAAGCUAGCGGAACAGCGUCCUCGUGUUCGGGGUCAGUUUGUCCGGCAGACUGUGAGCGAGAAUACUGGCAGGACAACAGAUAGCUGACAUUGCUUGGAAAUUUGACCAAUAUAGCUACAUUUCUUUUAACUCUUGUGAGUGAGUAAUACGUAAAUAUACAGGUAGAGAAUUGGAGGUGUGGAACUCUAACGGACCACCUCAGUGUGUAUUUGCUACUGCUGUGGAUUUAAAAUCGCUUGUUUUUGACGUAGAGGCCUUAAACUCUAUGCGAUCACUGUAUAUUUUAUUCUGUUUGAAGUGAUUUUCAUAAACUUGUACUGGGUUACAAGAUCCUAUCUGGUGUUCACUCAACAGAGUAGGAUAACUAAUAACUGGCCGGAGAGAACUGUCAUAAGCGGCUAAGCCCUGGCCAAAAUACGUCUGCUUUUGUUUGGCA